UAGAUAUAAUUUUUGGUAUUUGUAUCAUUCAACAUUCUUCCCCUUAGAACACCAUCGGCCUGACUCAUGAUCGUCGUACACAGGUCGUACAAGGUCGAUCGCGAACAUUCCGAUACUAGAAUUCUAUGCGAAGUAAAGUUCUGGUGUGGAAAGCCAUCUCGACUACACGACCGAGUGUAUCUCGAAGAAGAAGGCGGAAAAGCCAAAGUGGAAGAACGAGUGCUUGGCACCUUGAUAGUGAAAUGGGAAAAUAGAAAGGAUCAGAGUCGGGGAUGCAUGGCGAAUUCGAAUCUUCAAGUAAUUAUCCACGACUUAGACUCAUGGGUCUUAGCUUAGUAGUUGGAAUAUAAUGUAUGCAUCUAUAAG